CUGGGUGCAGCCGGGAGAGUCCGGGGGUCCGCCGUGUGGGCACCGCGCGCGGGGCCUUGCGCUCAGUGUCGGUGUCACUCGUCAUGCGCUGCUGGGAGGCAGGCAGGUAGGCUGGGCGGGGAAGGGGAAGCGGAUGCACCGCCACAGCUACCAAACUACAACUCCCAGCAUGCCUUGAGCGGAGCCGGGCCGGAGGCGCACGCGCACUGCUGCAGCCCCCCAGGCUGCUGGUGCCACGUGGUUGCAGCAUGGCUGCUGUGUUUGCGGAUCUGAACGUCCCGGGCGCGCCGGAGAGGAAGUCGCUGCAGAGUUUGCUAGAGGCCGCCGCGCACCUGGGAUAUUCAACUGUUGCUAUUAACCAUGUCAUUGAUUUCAAAGAAAAGAAACAGGAGAUUGUCAAACCAAUAUCUCCUUCAGAACUGUUUCCAUCUUUGCCUAUUGUACAGGGAAAAUCCAAACCAAUUAAAAUUGUAACCAGACUAACGCUUGUAGUUUCUGAUCCUUCUCACUGCAAUGUAUUGAGAUCAACAUCUACAAAUAUAAGAUUGUAUGACAUCAUAGCAGUGUUUCCAAAGACAGAGAAACUGUUUCACGUCGCUUGCACAAAUCUAGAUGUGGAUCUGAUAUGCAUAAAUGUAACAGAAAAGCUGCCAUUCUACUUCCGAAGACCCCCUGUUAACAUGGCAAUAGAUCGUGGUGUUUACUUUGAACUUCUUUACACCCCUGCCAUCAAAGACUCCACAAUGAGAAGAUACACAAUUUCAAAUGCUCUGAGUCUGAUGCAGAUCUGCAAAGGAAAGAACAUAAUUAUAUCUAGUGCAGCUGAAAGGCCAUUAGAACUUCGAGGUCCUUAUGAUGUGGCUAAUCUAGGUUUGUUGUUUGGCCUGUCUGAAAGUGACGCCAAGGCAGCUAUUUCUACCAACUGCAGAGCAGUCCUUCUUCAUGGAGAAACCAGAAAGACUGCUUUUGGAGUGGUGUACACCAAGAAAACCCCCCGAGCUUCGGAGGAGGAAGGCGUUCUCCCAGUCUGCAAAAAAGCCAAGACUGAAGUAUGAGGAUCAAACCCCAACUUCUCAGCUUCCAUAAAGUCCUUUCCUCCUAUGCUACCCACCUUGAUGCCUUGAUUCGUUAUUUUAAUUUGUUCAGCUAAGAAUCUUUUAUAAAAAAAAAACACUUUUA